UACUCCAUACAUGACGUUACCUAUUCCUUCCUCUAUAUUAACUUUCUCAACUCUCCUUUCCUUUCACCAAACCCCCCCUCCAAUCUUUUCUAAGCACCUCUCUCUCUCUCUCUCUCUCUCAAAUGGAAGCUCUGGGCGUUCUUAAAUUCUGGGGAAAUGAAGCUGCCGGAGCUGACGCUAGCUCCGAGUGCGACCACUUGCGCAAUGCUGCGUUCGGCAUCGACGAUGAGGAAACCGAUGACGAUGACUCUCUCUUUGAUUUGGUCUUCAAGUCCCCUGAUCGCGGUGCCACUAAACGAGACGGAGCUUCGAAGAAGGAUUCCCAGUUCCUGGAAUCUCCUCGAGAUGUUUUCCUGAGCAAGAAUGAUUCAUCGAAUUCUAAGCCUUUGUCACCGGUUGCUAUCCUGCGCUCAGCUCCCAAGUUUAAAGUCUUCAUGCUAGGGUUCAAAAAAUCUUCCAAGUGCGAGAAAACUGAGUCCUCAAACGGCGAGCUGAAGGCCAGUCCGCUGAAUCAGUUGUCGAAAUCAUCCAAGCUAGGCCAGAGCAACCGUUUCUCCGUGAAAUGCAGGGUGGCGGAUGUGCCGGUUGCUCCGGUUUUUGCUAGAGACAACAGCUUGAGAAGCAAAAUGCUGAAAGAGAGCAUCGAAUAUGAAGCUUCUUCCGACGUCCUCUCGUCGGAGAAGUCCGUCCCCAAGUAUCUGAAACUGAUUAAACCUUUUUACGGAAAGGCCUCGAAGAAGACGAAAUCAACGGAUUCCGUAACACCGUCUUCUUCUCCGGUGACGGCGCCGGUUAAUUUGUCUCCAAAGAUGUUCUCCGAGGGGAGCAGGAUCGGGAGCUUUAAGAUCGUGACGCGGAAUUUAGGGAAGAGCCGAUCAGCGUCGGCAGCGGUUGGAGUAGUGCCGCCGUUGGUUCGCCGGAGAGACGAUUCAUUGCUGGAACAGCAUGAUGGAAUCCAAGGCGCCAUUCUUCAUUGCAAAAAAUCCUACAAUUCGUCUUCCCAAGAAUAUUCGCAACUAUUUCGAUCCGCCAGCGAUCCUUCCCACGAAAAACAGAGAGUCCAAGGGAGAAAUUCAUGGGAGGAGCAAAAACGACGCAGCAUUUGAAUCAAAGCGGGAAUAUGGAAACAGCUAAGGAGAGCAUGGCGUCAUAUAUGCAGGCGAAAUGAAAUGAUAUGAUAUGAUGAUAAUAGGAUUUUAGUUUUCUUCUUCUUUUGUAAAAAUAGGUGCAGUAAAAGAAUGAAUCUGAAAAUAGGCAGUGGGCAGUGUGAAUGGGCAAUGAGUAGAGGUAGAGGUAGAGAGGGUAGUUUUUUCUUGUGUAAAAAGUUAAACUGAUGGGUUUCAAAGUAGUGUUGUGUGUAUUCCCUGUCUGCCAAUUUUAAAGCGGAGAAUCAAAGACAAAAUCACCAUGGAAAUUAUUAUACUGGC